AUGGAACUAUAUCUUAACUCUAAGGGAAUAGAGGGCGUUCUCCAGUCUCCAGAAUGGCAUCAGGUCGUUCUUCGGGAGUUGGAAGGGUUAAACGAUACUGUCAGUCGCCUGACUUCUAAUGAAGAGCGACUCAUCAUCUUCGCAGCCACACUAGCAAAUACAGUGGGAGAAAGCGAGGAUAUGGAGGUCAUUGACGGUAUUGCUCGAACAUACCCUGUCAUUCUCCAUCUAGAUGCCUGCCGUGUGUUUGAUCACUUGGCUACAGCGGCUGAUGAGCUUCAUCGGGAACCCAACCUGCAUCGUCUUAGACUUCACUAUUCUCAAGUUGAAGUGCCAGGUUACAUCAUUGACGGAGGGAUUUUCGCAACUACGAUUGUGGCCAGGGGAUCAAAUGCUUAUGUGUCCCCUCCUCCUAUGGUUGUACUCAAGCCCAAACUCCUUGGAAACCAGUCUUCAGCAACGGUUGAAUAUAGCGUCUAUGUGGACCGAGUAUUGGAUAUUGCGAACGCGGCUAUUCUCUCAGUCCCCGGGUGUCAAACUAUUCGAGACGAGCUGGGGCUGAGAAUUAUUAGCCAGCUACAGAGUCGCUUCACCUACAGCACCAUCUCCUUCGUAGCAGUGGAUGAGCAGAAUACUCCACUUGUGGUUUUUCUUGCCGAGGCAGACUCGAAAAGGCUUAUUCGACCUAGCUUAAUGCUGGUUGAACGAUCUUCAUAUGAAGAUGUGCAUAUGCUACAGGACGUUGCUAUGCAGCUUUUUGGCCAUGUAGCGCAACUUAUGGAUGUGGGAAUUGAAACUAGUUGGUGGAGAUAA